UGUCCUUAUCCGGCCGUAGCUUACAGGCAGUUUGCAGUUUGUUGGAAAAACGUACUUUUCCGUUCAGAAUACGUCGAAUUACUUGAAGAAACAUGUUAUAAUGAUCUUUUCGUGAAUACUUUUUGCAUUUUAAUGGAUUCUGCAUGGACAUGAUGAGGUGGGAUAGCUCGUUUCGGCUGCUCCAUAUGUAUUUCUUUAAGGAAAAAUCUGCAGAAAUACUUAGAAAUGAUAUACGCAUAGUAUUUCCUUAUUUUAUGGCAUAAACUUGACGUUUGCAGGCAGAUGCAAUAUCGACUUUGUAUAAUUGAAAAAUUUUUACUGACGUAAUUAUAUACAAUUCAAUUAUUUCGUCGUUUCAAACAUAUUUCAUGGUUAGUUAUUGUGUUUACACUAAUAACAGUGUCUACAUCUGUAUAAUUAUUUUGUUCUUUUUCAGAUGAUAUCUACUUUCGGGAAUUUCAUGGAUUUGGGCGAUAAAGAAAAAGAUACCUGCACUGUUGUCGAUUUUGUAUUACAUUAUUCCACAAAAUAUACAGAUAAAGAAGCGCACAAAGAAGGGAUUCAGUGCUGUGCAUGGGGUGAAAAUCGAGAUAAAAACAAACAAUAUAUUGUCACUGGCUCCUUAGACAAUAGUCUUAUUGCUUGGGAAUGGACGGAUGAUAAGUUAAAACGCUUGUAUGAUUUUGAAGGGCAUAGACUUGGUGUUGUUUCUGUUGAUAUAAAUGCAAAAGGAACAUUGGCUGCUUCCAGCAGUCUUGACAGUCAAAUAAUAUUAUGGGAUUUACAAACAGGUAAACAGAAAAAUACUUAUGACGGCGAUCCAGCGGAUACAUGGUCUGUUGCAUUUUCUCCGGAUUCAAGAUUUUUAGCUACAGGAAGUCAUACAGGUUGUGUUAAUAUGAUCAAUGUAGAAAGUGCAACAAAAGAAAGUUCAAUUCAAUUAGAAGGAAAAUUUGUCUAUUGUCUUGCUUAUAGUUCUGAUGGAUCAAAGCUAGCAGCUGGAACAAUUAAUGGACUUGUCAGUAUAUGUGAAUUACAAACUGGCAGUGUUCAAUUUCUUGACGGACAUGCUACACCUGUACGAUCAGUUUCAUUCUCGCCUGAUGGAAGGCUACUGGCCUCGGCUUCUGAUGAUAAACAAAUUAAAGUUUUCGAUGUACGUGAUGGCCGACUAGUUGUGCCAAGUUUCAAUGGUCAUAAAGGAUGGGUUGUAUCCGUAGAUUUUGCACCAGAUAAUAGGCAUUUAGUCACUGCGUCAACUGAUCGUACUGUUCGUAUUUGGGAUAUUGUAUCGAAAGAAGAAAAACAAUGUAUUAGUGAACACGAAGAUCAGGUGUGGUGCGCUCGCUACAGUCCUCAAGGCAAUAAUAUUAUAUCUGUAGGCGAUGACAGGGCUAUUGUGAUUCAUCAACUAAAAUAUAUGUGA